CUGCACUAAUUGGAGCUCUGAUGGAGGCUGAACAAGGAGACGCUGCUGCCGUGAAACCUGCAGGAAAUAUGCGGAUUCUUUCUGCGCAAACUGCGGCUUUUCUCUGAUCUGCGCAGCUUUUUUUUCCUUUUUAAUUUCCUCAGGAUGAAAACUCAACUUUUCUGUUUCCUCUCGGAUCAUUUUCCCGUCAGAACCUCCGGAUAAACUCCUCUUUUUUUGCGCACUUGUGCUGCGUCACUUUGCGGGUUCGGGUUUAGCGGCUCGGGCUCCUCUGCGGGCUCUGCGCCGCCUCUCUGCGGCCUUUCUGCGGCUCCUGCUCGGCCUGUUUGCGGAGUAAAUGCGGAGGAUCGAAGCGGACUCGGAGGUUUUCAUGUAGCGGCCGCAGACCUGUGCGUGUUUCUGAGGCAUUCUGCGGCUUACAUAAGAAGAGGCGACAUGUAUGCGGGACGCAAGAGGAGAAAACCGGUGCAGAGAGCGGUGAAGCAGCCUCCAGCCGAAGGCUCCAAGUCCAACCCGUCCAAGCGGCACCGGGACCGUCUGAACGGGGAGCUGGAGCGUCUGGCCGGGCUGCUGCCGUUUCCUGAGGAGGUGACGGCCAGUCUGGACAAACUGUCCAUCCUGAGGCUCAGCGUCAGCUACCUGAGGGCCAAGAACUUCUUCUCUGUCGCCCUGAACAGUCGGAACGGAGCGACGGCAGCCGGAGAUGAGAAGUCAGGAGGAACCGAUGGAAGGAUCCCAGAGGGAGAACUUCUGCUGCAGGCUCUCAACGGGUUUGUUCUGGUCAUCACCGCCAGUGGAACCAUCUUCUACUCGUCCCACACCAUCCAGGACUACCUGGGCUUCCACCAGACCGAUGUGAUGCACCAGAGCGUCUAUGAACUGGUCCAUACUGAGGACCAGCAGGAGCUCCGGAAUAACCUCCACUGGGCCCUAAACCCUCCAGCUGCCCCGGCCGCCGUUACCCAGGAUUCACCACAAGACAUGGAGCCUGACAGCAGCUCCUCUCUGGUCACCUACAGUCCAGAGCAGCUUCCUCCAGAAAACUCCUCCUUCCUGGAGAGGAGCUUCGUCUGUCGCUUCCGCUGCCUGCUGGACAACUCCUCCGGCUUCCUGGCUCUGAACAUCCAGGGUCGGUUAAAGUUUCUUCACGGCCAGAACCAGCGGCAGGAAAACGGAGGAAAAGCUCCGCCUCAGCUGGCGUUGUUCGCCAUCGCCACUCCUCUGCAGCCUCCGUCCAUCCUGGAGAUCCGAACCAAGAACAUGAUCUUCAGAACCAAACACAAGCUGGACUUCACGCCGCUCGCCUGCGACGCAAAGGGGAAGAUCGUGUUGGGCUACACCGAGGCUGAACUGAGGGUUCGAGGUUCUGGUUAUCAGUUCAUCCAUGCAGCCGACAUGUUGUACUGUGCAGAAAACCAUGUCAGGAUGAUGAAAACCGGAGAAAGUGGUCUGACGGUGUUCAGGCUCCUCACCAAGGAGAACCGAUGGAAGUGGGUCCAGGCCAACGCCAGGCUGGUCUACAAGAACGGAAAACCGGACUACAUCAUCGCCACCCAGAGGCCUCUGCUGGAUGAAGAAGGAGGCGAACACCUGUGUAAGCGCUCCAUGCAUCUACCGUUCACCUACGCUACAGGUGAGGCGCUGCUCUACCAGGCCAACCAUCCCAUCGCUGGCUUCAGGGACGGAGGUCCGGAGAAGAACGGCAGCAAGUCCAAGAAGAGUCGGACGGACCGGCUGGUGAGGGACGGCGUGGACCCCGGCUCCCUGCUGGGGGCGCUGAUGAGCCAGGACGAGUCGGUGUAUGUCUGCCAGCCGGCCCUGGAGCCCAAGAUGUCGUUCCACAGCAGCUUCUUUGGGGAGCAGGUGGGCUUCUCUGACCCAGAACCCUCUGGCCUGAGGAGGAGCUGGGACGAGCCGGCUAACGGGACGGUGCCUCCGGGCGUCACCGAGGCCGGAACCAGCUUUGACCCCCUGCUGGCCACCCUGGACUCGCUCUCUCUGGAGGGUCAGGGGGUGGUGGACGCUGACGAGGGCGGCUGUUCCAACGGCGACCUGUUCGGAGCUCUGGAGGGUCUCGGGCUGAGCGCCGAGGACCUGGAGCUGCUGCUGCUGGACGAACGGAUGAUCCGAGUCGAGAUGGACCCGGAACGAGUGCCGACGCUGGAUGACCUGCUGACAAACGACGAGAUCCUGUCCUACAUCUACGACUCCAUCGAGGGGAAGACCGACUCCUCGGAUCACGGAGCUCAGGCGCCUCCCAGCACCUCCUCAGUCAGCUCCUCCACGGUGUCGCUGGCUGGAAGCAACCCUCCACCCGAUGCUAACAUGCAGAUGCAGUUUCCUCACUGUAAGCCUCCUCUGGUGGGACAGACUCCCAUCGUGCAGCUGUCGCAGCAGAUGCAGCAGCACCUCAGCAUGCGAACUGCUAAAGUGUCACAUGACUGGACCCAGCAGGGAGACCGGCUGGCGAACACGUUAGCUAACGGAGAUCUGCUGCAGAACCAGCCGAUCCCCAACGGACAGUGGACGGCACAGGACAUUCUGGCCACCGCAGGGAUUCAGCUGGAACACUUCAACACUCCGCAGACUGUUUUCAGCGACAAGACCUUGGACCUGGACCUCCAUCAGCAGCACCAACACUACCAGGCCCAGAUCCAGAACCAGCUCCCCCAGCAGUGCCAUCCCAAACAGAAGGCCAACCUCAACGGACUGAGUGGCCUCUCCGGCAGGGAGCAUUCGGCAGGGAAGUCCCAGUGGCAGGACUUCGGGUUCAGCGAGGGUCUGGGCGGCACUUCCUGCCUGGACAACAGCCAAAAACCUCUGACAAACACCUCACUAGAGUCGUGCAUGGAUUAUAGCAUGCCCGAAAUUGACAAUGCGGAUUACACUUUGGGUGGAGGUGGUUUGUUUGGGAGGCAGCAUCAGGCGACCGAGGCCAUGGUUUCGUCCUUCCAGGGGAUGAACCACAAACAGCAGCCGGAGCAGAUCCCAGUACCACUAGCCCAGGUUCUGUCCAGCCUGUCGCAGUGUCCGCCGCCCAACGCCUCCCUGGAGCAGAUCCUGGGGGUGGGGAAGCCCUGCAGGCAGCUGGACCACUACGGCAUGGUGGCCUCCGAGAUCCAACAUGACCCCAGUCACAGUAAGAUGGAGAACGGCUGCAUCCUGAACACUUCCUACCCGUCUGGCUGUUCUCUACCCAACGGUAACGGACCGGUGCCACCUGCUGUCCAGCUGCCGGUACCGGAGACGCUCCCGAGCCUCGCCGACCCGCCAGCCACCGGCUUCUACCUCUGACCUCCAGCAGAGACCCACUACUGCCUGCAGCAGCCUUACAAACCCAACAACACAACAGACACACAACUAACGUGUUGGUUCCUUUCAGUUCACAGCCGUUGGAGGGAUUUUAGUCCAAUUAUCAUAUUAUGAGUUCUUUGUUUACAAUAAUGCAGUGAAGAGUUCUCAGUUUAUUUCAACCUAAAUGUGAGUUAUUUUAUAGAUCUGUGCUCAGAUACAUCGCAGAACACCGGUUAGAAAAUACGACAAAUGGAGAGUUUCAUGAAGGAUUUGAUUACAUUUGGUGCAACAUGAAGAAGAAAAUGUGAGUUAAUAUCAUCAGAAACGUCCUUGUCUGCUGCUUUUCUUUGUCUUCUGUCAUCAGAAUCUGAAGAGAUUUUUGCUUAAUCAAGAUGUUUUAUGGGUUAAAUGAGAAAAUAAGCAGCAGAUUUAUGGAUAAUUAGCGUCAUGCAGUUUCCACCUCAUGAAUGUAGAAAGAAAGAAGGAGAAGCUGCUGGAGACCAACCGACUGCAGUUCAAAACCUGUCAAAUGUGACAAAAAAUAUGAUAAAAAAUAAUCAAAACUGGUCCAGAUUGACCUACAAUUGACACUAAAUCAACAUUUGUCCAAAAAUAAUCCAGCUGUUUCUAGAUUGACCUAAAAUUUAGGUUAAAUGAAUCACAAUUUGUUCAAAAAUAAUUUAAAAAAUUACAAAAUGAGUCAAAAUUUGUCCAAAAAGAAUCAAAAUCUGUCCAGAUUGACCUAAAAUUUUGAUUAAAUUAAUCAGAAUUUGUCCAAAAAUAAUAAAAGUUUGUCCAAAAUUUAUCAAAAUAUCAAUGUGACAAAAAAAAAAAUCCAAAAAUUCUUCAAUAUUUGGUCCAAAAUGCUUGAAAUUUUGGCCAGAAUGACUUGUCCAAAAUGAUUCUAAAAAUGUCAUAAAUGACUGAAAUUGUCACAAAUGUCUGAAAAUGUUGUCCAAAAUGACUCAGAAUAUGUAGAAAAUUUAUCAAAAUUUGUCUGAAAUGACCUAAAAUUUCUACGAAAUUCAUCAAAAUUUCUCUGUGACUAAAAUGUCACCAAACACUUGGACCAAAAUGACUCAAAACGUGUACAAAACAAAUCCACAUUUGAGCUAAAAAUGCAUAAAAAUGUGGUCAAAAAUGCUCAGUGAGCAAAUUCUGUGACAAAAAUGUGUCCAAAAUUCUUCAAUAUUUGGUCCAAAAUAAACCUAAAAAUGUCCAAAACGACUCACAUUAUCAAAGAUUUACCAAAUUUCGUCCAAAAUACUUGAAAUUUUGGUUCAAAUUGUCAAAAAUGUCUGAAAAUAUUGUUCAAAAUGAUUCAGAAUAUAUAUAUAUGAAAACUGUCAAAUUUGGUCCAAAAUGAUUUAAAGUUUGUCCAAAAUUAAUCAAAUUUGGGCAAAAUUAGUCAAAUACUAUGUCCAUGAAUGUUAUUUAACAUUAGUCACAUAAAAUGGGACAUUUUUCGUUAUUUUCAGUCAGUUAAAGGACAAACCAAGCAUCAGAUUUGUGUCUGUUCAACAAUUUCCACCUGACGAACAUCCAAAAAUCAGCAGAAAGUCCAGAAACUAAGGGACUGCAGCUCAGGUUCUCCUCCAGAUGUUUGCUUUGUAUCUGAUCCAGACCGACUCUGGUCUCCAGAAUGUAAAACUUUCAGUCGUUUCUCUGUUGGAGGCUUUUCAGCGCUGAGAUUAAACCCGUAGAAAACCUCAAGUCAUGCUUAGAAACUGAUCCUGCACUUUAUUCUUCAGAGCUCCACGUCAUGCAGAUGUUCCUCCUCCACUUGAAUUCUUUGUUUUUAUUCUUCCUUCUCCUUUUAAAGAUUAGAGGAUUAAUUCUCCGUAUUUAUUCAUGUCCUGCAACACGUUUCUUGAUUGUUGUACAAAGAAAAGAAAAUGUGAAUCUUCAGAGGUACUCGAUCAUAAAUCAUUUACUGUGGAGGAUUUAAAUAACUGGAGGUUAAUGAAUCCUCAUCUCAGAUUUCCUCCUCAGACGUCUGAGUUUUCUUGUUUUAAAGGAAGAUUCUGGUUUAUUUCCACCUCCUGAGUUUCUAUUAAUGCCUCUAUAAUAACUUUAACUGUUUAUCUCUGUUUUAGAUUCAAGGAAAGCAGAAAAAAGCUCCAGUUUUCUCAACAGAAAACCAGAUUUUUACAUGAAUUACGGAAACGAACUUUAAUCUCCAACAUUUUCAUCCUCUAGUUUUUCUGAUGGUCGAUUCUACAAAAUAUCUCCAAAUUUUUCAAAAGAUACUGAAAAAAAUGUUUGAAAAUUCAUCAAAAUUUUCCCAAAAUGACCAAAAAUUUGGUUCAAAUUAACUGAAAAGUUGAUCAAAAUGAUUAAUUGUUCAAAAUAAAUCAAGAUUGUUUUAUUUUAAAACUCAUAAUUUGGUGCAGAAUUAUUCAAUAUUCAUCCUAAAUGACAACGAGUCCUAAAAGAUUUUUUAAAAAUUGUUCAGAAUAACUGAAACAUUCCAAAAUUUGUCCAAAGUAACUAAACUUGUCCAAAGUUGUUUGUCUAAAAUGACAGAUACAUCCAGAAAAAUUUAAACUGUCCAGUAAUUAAUCAAAAUUUGAUUUAAAAAAAUGUUUAAAAAUACAGAUUUUUUUAAACAAAAAAAAUGUCCAGAAUUGUUUAAUAUUUGUCUUAAAUCAGUCAAAAAUUGGUCAAAAUGUCUGAAACAAUGACUCAAAAUUAAUGUCCAAAGUAGCAAAAAAUUUACUCACAAAUUAUCAAAAAAUUAUUUUGGAAAUUUGUCCACAAUUCGAAAUUUGUGUGCGACAAAAACAUGCUGAAAAUGGUCUGAAACUUUUACUAAACAUGACUUAAAAUUUGUACAGAGUGACUUAAAUCAGUCAAGAACUUGUCAAAAAAUUGCUAAACAAUUGAUUAAAAAAUGACUCAAAAAUUAAUCAAAAAUGACUCACAACUGACACAAAAACUGCUGCAAAGCAAUUUCAAAAAUUGGUCACAAUUUACUUAAAAACUGGUCAAAAAUUCUUAAAUUUUUUUUUUAAAUGACAUAAAACUGUGUCCAAAAUGACUCAAAAAUUGGUCAAAAAUUGUUUAAUUUUUUUUCAAAAUAACAAAGAAAUGAAAAACAAUUGCUCAAAAAUUAUUCAAUAACUGGUUCAGAAGGACUCAAACAAUGGUAAAAAACUAAAAAAUUUAUCAAGAAUAACUCAAAAAUGGUCAGAAUCAACUCAAAAUGGCUCAAUUAUUUCAUUUCUUUCAAAAUGACAAAGAAAAUAAAAAAUGUGUUCAAAAUGAACCAAAAAUUGGUCAAAAAUGACUUAAAAAUUGCUUGAAAAUUACUCAAAAAUGGUCAAAAAAUAUUCCGAAAUUGGUUUUUAAAAAAAAGUUUAAAGUUGCUCAAAAAUUGGUCCAAAAUUAUUUACAUUUUUUCAAAAUGACAAAGAAAAUAAAAAAUGUGUCCAAAAUGACUCAAAAAAUUGGUCAAAAAUCGGGACUCAAAAUUGAUCAAAAUUUACUCAAAUUGUUGAAAAAUGACCCAAAAAAUUGGUCGACAAUAAGGUUCUGAAAUGGUUGAAUUCUUUAAAUUUUUAAUGAUUUUAAAGUGUUUGGAUGAAAAUGGACAUAGAUUUUUGGUGAUAAAUGUUUGUUUGAGGAGCAAAACUAAAAUAAUUCAUGUAUAAAAUAAUAAUAAAUUAAUAAAAUUGAAACUCUGCAGGGUUAAAAUGAUCAGAAUCGUCCUUUAAACGAGUCUUCAGGUUCAGAUCUUUCAGGUUCUACACAGAAAAACAAACCGAGAUAAAAACCAAAUGUGAGUUUUCGAUCUUCUGGACGGAUGCAGUUCUGAAUGUUUCCUGUAAAUAAUCAGCCGAGUCGAAGAAAAGAUGCUGAAAAGAGAUUUUUCCAUUUAGGUGUUGGACUCUAAAUGUUCUGUGAAACGUUUUCUUUUUUCUACGGCAGAAAUGUUUGAUAUAUUUAAUAUGUUGAUGUCAGCUUGUACAUAGUUUAUGUCGUUCAGCACUAUUUUUAAACACCUCCUCUGUUCAUUCUUUGGUUCUCUGUUUGUUUUUUAAUUGUAAAUAGUUUCUGUCGUCACUAAACACGGGACUCAGCCUGAAUCGGUGCCAUAAAACUUAAGCGUUUCAUUUGUGGUUUUUUUUUUUUUUUUUUUUUGCGUAGCCACGAUAACGUUAAAGACUUAAAGACUGCUUCCUUUCAGAUGUUUUAUUUUAUUUUGAUGAUUAAAAGAUGUUUCUGCGGCUCACGGUGAAGAAAACGCGAGCGUUUGACUCGGACUCUCCAGUUUUUAUUCACUGGACAGAAAACUCCUGACUGUGAAGAAGCUUCGAAGCAUUUUAACAUCAAUAAAUCUUUACCACAUUAAA